UGUAAACAAGGAAGGGAAACUGGCAGAGAGGCUUCUCUCCACACCCUCCCCUGGAGAUUCUGACCUGGUCUCCUGGUGUCCCUGACAGGUCUUCACUGGUCCCCUUUCCUCCCACCCCCAGGGCUCCUGGGGCCUGGGAGUCAGUAAUAAAGGUGUGAGCAGGGGCUGGGAGGCUGUGUGUGCUGCCAGGAGUCUCUGGGCUGGCGCUGUCCUUGCGCUGAACACGUGAUGGAGACCCCUCUAGAGAAGGCCCUGACCACCAUGGUCACCACAUUCCACAAAUACUCGGGGAGAGAGGGCAGCAAGCUGACCCUGAGUAGGAAGGAACUGAAGGAGCUGAUCAAUGAGGAACUGCAUCUCGGGGAGAAGAUGAAGGAGAGCAGCAUUGAUCGGCUGAUGAAGAGCUUAGACAAAAAUAGCGACCAGGAGAUUGACUUCAAGGAGUACUCGGUGUUCCUGACCACCCUGUGCAUGGCCUACAACGAUUUCUUCCUGGAGGAUAACAAAUGACCAUCCUGCCAAACCUUGCCCCGACUUUGGCAGCCCUUCUCCCAGAUCUUCUUUGGCCCCUGACCCUCCUGU